GGUCCGCGGUUAGUAAACGAGAGGAAUGGCUUGAAAUUAAACAAAAAACGCAGAGAUGAUAAGUAUCUGACAGUUCUUGUUGCAAAUUGCUGCAGUGCUAUUUUUAUAGGUGUAGUGUAUUCUCAUUCGGAUUGACUAAACUGGGCAACGGAGUCUCAUGUCACAUGUGCUUCAUAGGAAGAAGCUGGGCAUCUGCAAGCUGGAUCUGGAGGAGGAUGCUGCGGCAAAUGAUACACAGAGGGCUCAAAGCUUCUUUCUACUGGCUGGGCUUAUUUGUUAGUAGGCAUCCGGUUUUUUUCCUCACCGUUCCCGCAGUCUUAACCAUCAUUUUCGGAUCUACCGUCCUGAGCAGAUUCAAGCCCGAAACGGACAUCGAGAUACUGGUUGCCCCGACACACAGCUUUGCUAAAGUAGAGCGGAGUCUUGCGAACAGCCUUUUCCCCAUCGACCAGUCAAAAAACAAGCUGUAUUCCGACCUGCACACCCCCGGCAGAUAUGGGAGACUGAUUCUGCUGGCCAAGUCUGGGGGAAAUAUACUGGAGCUAGCCGACCAGGUCCUGCAGGUUCACAAGCAGGUGCUGGAUUUGCGGGUUAAUUACAAGGGAUUCAAUUACACUUUUGCUCAUCUCUGUGUCCUGAGCCAUCGGGAUAAGCGAUGCCUCUUGGAUGAUAUAAUUACGAUAUUCGAAGAUAUCCGCUUAGCCAUUCUAUCGAAUCACACUUUUUCAAAGGUGCCCGUGACCUAUCCAAAUACAACAUUAAAGGAUGGUCGUGUGUCCUUCAUCGGCCACCAGUUGGGUGGAGUGGCCUUCUCGCCCAACACCCGAGACCAGCAGGUGAAGUUUGCCCGGGCCAUCCAGAUCACCUACUACCUUCGCAACCAUGGCCCCGUGGUGCAGGACGUCAUCGCAGAGAAGUGGGAGAAUGCCUUCUGCACCCUCAUCACGCGCCUGUCCACGCUCAGCGAGGACCUGCACAUCCAGUCUCUCACCUCCUUCAGCCUGUGGAGGGACUUCCACCAGACGGGCGUGCUGGCUAAAGGGGAGGUGCUGGUCAGCCUAGUGCUCCUUCUUCUGGCAGCCACCAUCUCCAGCUCAAUGAGGGACUGCCUGAGGGGAAAGCCCUUCCUGGGUCUGCUGGGUGUGCUCACAAUAGCCAUCGCCAACGUGACCUCCGCUGGCAUCUUCUUCAUCUCCGACGGGAAGUUUAACUCCACGCUGCUGGGGAUCCCAUUCUUCUCCAUGGGUCAUGGAACCAAAGGAGUGUUUGAGCUCCUGGCGGGCUGGAGAAGAACUCGAGAAAGCCUUCCCUUCAAGGAGCGCGUGGCAGACGCCUUCGCCGACGUGAUGGUGUGCUAUACCAUGACCAGUUCCCUCUAUAUCAUCACUUUCGGCAUGGGUGCCAGCCCCUUCACCAACAUCGAGUCGGUGAAGAUCUUCUGCCAGAGCAUGUGCGUGGCCGUCCUGGUCAACUACUUCUACGUGUUCUCCUUCUACGGUUCCUGCUUGGUGUUCGCUGGUCAACUGGAGCAGAACCGCUACCACAGUGUGUUCUGCUGUAAGAUCCCCUCAGUGGAGUACCUGGACCGUCAGCCCACCUGGUUCAAGACCAUGAUGAGCGAUGGCCAUGACCACGUCACGCACCACGAGGUCGUGCCCUACCAAAACCACUUCAUCCAGCACUUCCUGAGAGAGCACUACACCGAGUGGAUCACCAACACCUACGUCAAGCCCUUUGUGGUCAUCCUCUACCUGAUCUACGCCUCCUUCUCCUUCAUGGGAUGUUUACAAAUCAGUGAUGGAUCCAACAUCGUCAACCUCCUAGCCAGCAACACGCCCAGUGUGUCCUACGCCACGACCCAGCAGAAGUACUUCAGUAACUACAGCCCUGUGAUCGGCUUCUACAUCUAUGAGCCCAUCGAGUAUUGGAACUCCACGGUGCAGGAGCACCUCACAACGCUGAGCCACGGCUUCAACAAAAUCUCCUGGAUGGAUAACUACUUUCAGUAUCUGAAGGUGGUGAAUGUGAGCGCCUCGACCAAAAGUGAUUUCAUCACCAUCCUGCAGGGCUCCUUCCUGCGCAGCCCGGAGUAUCAGCACUUCAUGGAGGACAUCAUUCUGUCCAAGACAGAUGGAGAUGAAAUGGAGAUCAUCGCAUCCAGGAUGUACCUGGUGGCGCGGACCACGGAGAAGACACGGGAGGAGGUGGUGGAACUGCUGGAGAGGCUCCGCCCCCUUUCGCUCAUCAACAACAUCAAGUUCAUCGUCUUCAACCCCACCUUCGUCUACAUGGACCGUUACAGCUCCUCUGUGGUCUCACCCAUCCUCACAUCGGCCUUCAGCGUGCUCACCAUUCUCAUCCUCACCUUCUUCCUGGUCAUCAACCCUCUGGGGAACUUCUGGUUGAUCCUGACCGUCACCUCCGUAGAGCUGGGGGUCCUGGGCCUCAUGACCCUCUGGAAUGUACAUAUGGACAGCAUCUCUAUCCUGUGCCUUAUUUAUACUCUCAACUUUGCCAUGGAUCACUGUGCACCCCACCUGUACACCUUUGUACUGGCCACAGAGCACACCAGGACCCAGUGCAUUAAAAUCUCGUUAGAGGAGCACGGGGCGGCCAUUUUACAAAACGCCUGCUGUUUCGUUAUCGGGAUGUUGCCCUUGGUGUUUGUGCCUUCCAAUCUGACCUACACGCUGUUCAAGUGCUCCCUCCUCACUGCAGGCUGCACAGUGCUGCACUGUUUUGUCAUCCUGCCUGUGUUUCUAACGUUUUUUCCCCCAUCAAAAAAAAGGCACAAGAAGAAGAAACGGGCAAAACGGAAAGAGCGGGAGAGGGAGCGGGAGAUGAUAGAGAGGGAGAGAGUAAGGGAGAGGGAGGAGAUAGAGUGCAUUGAAGUCAGGGAGAACCCUGAUCAUGUGACUAACGUCUGAGAAGCCGUGUGUCAGUGAGCGCGAGCAGUGAGCGGCAGCGGGACAGUCUUCAGUGAUUGUUAGGUGAGGUGUUGGAAGCAUGUCCUAAAGCGAGGAUGGCCAUGUGUUGUAGCCCCUCAAAGGGCCAGAGAGGUCAAAGCUGACCAGUCCUCAGAAGGAGGAGGGAGGGAGGUAGAGAUAGACCAGCAGCCAUGACCCAGCUAGACAGCCAGCGGCCAUGCUGUCUAGAGUAGAGACCAGACCAGAUCAGACCCAUAGAUCAGCUACUCCUUCAGUCUGGACGGGACAGUGUAUCUUAUCUGCACAGUCUGCAAACGGUUCCCUCUGCUGUUCAUACAGACUCUUGCACACAACCAGGAUGAAACUACAAUAUCAUACAUUUACUUACAGUGUAAUGUGUAAGGGGAUAAUAUAUCUUAUUCUAACAAUUGUAAAUCUACAGUAUCGUGAGCAAAGUAUGGUAGCAUAAGAAUGAGAGCAAUGUCUACCUCUAGGAUGGUGGUCAAAGUUAUCUAAAUUGUUUUCUACAAUUUGUCAUAUUAAAUCCUUUUAUCAUCUACACAGGCUUAUACUACCCCCAUCACAAAGACCCCAUUAUAGUAUGAUUAGUAUGACAGACAGACAGACAGACAGACAGACAGACAGACAGACAGACAGACAGACAGACAGACAGACAGACAGACAGACAGACAGACAGACAGACAGACAGACAGACAGACAGACAGACAGACAGACAGACAGACAGACAGACAGACAGACAGACAGAAGGAUGUAUACAUUUGAAUUUGUUUGAGAGUACACAGAAAUAAAGCAUACCCACAGUAGAUACCAUUCUUUCUUUCCGGUAAACACUCGAGCGAACAGCUGAACUGGGCAGAUGGCGUACACUGUGUCCAUUAUGAAGAAUUAUCCUGCACAUUGCAUUGUGCGGAUACAAUUGUCAAGGUUAAUUUUACAGGAAGACAGAUAUAUCUGCUUUAUUUCCAUUCUCACAUCUGUUCUUAGCCAACAAUUAGAGUAGAACUGCAGCAAGGUACAUAAUCUAGGGCUUCAUUCAGUCUGUAUCCCUGAAGUGUUACAGAUUGCACCAUAGAAAUGUAAAGGUCAUUUCAGAUUGAGCUGACAUAUGCAGUGUUUACCGUGAAUGCAGUCUCCGCUAACGCGGUAACAUUGACUUUCAAUUUCAAUCACGCUGUAACUUCUGCGAUACGGAUUGAACAGAUCCCUUAAUAGAGUUGGGCAUGUUCAGGAAAUCAUAGCAGAUGACUUAACUAGGAGGGAAAAGGCAACUUUGAACUAGUAAAACCAAAAGGAGGAAGUACUGCAGAGGUUGAAGAUCAUACUGCCUUUCUAACUGGGCUAAGAUAUGAGGUGUCUCGAGAAAUCAUCUGAACGUCAUGGUUGGCAAGGCAUCUUCAGUGUUUAACACGUUUCAGUGUCACACGUUUCAAUGUCCCAUGAUUAAGAGGUGAUUAUGGAUCAUCAUGAACAAAAUAAAUGAUUGGGUGGGUUGGACACGACAGGUCAUAAUUUAAUCAGAGAUACAUCGUUUCUUUUUGUUUGUGUGAAAGACUAUGGUGCCAAAUAAUUAGAGCGGGGAAAAAAUAUGGGUGUCGAUUUGUUGGUACAUGUGGAUAUUCUGUCAAAUCAAAUCAUGAUGUAAUAGACAUCCUAUUGGUUCAAACCUCAAAGUAAUGCCAUACAUCACAAUGAUGCUUGUUUAAACAGCCAUUGGUGAUGUAUAUUAGCAUUCCAAUGGCUUUCAUGGUUCAUUGCUUGAUGUACUUUAGAAAUCUCCAGAGAACAUCAGUAUUCUCCUCUAGUAGCUUCUCUACUAUCCAGAAUGGCCAGAGUGGAGUCCCUCUCCCUGUCGGAAAACCAAGCGCAUUAUCAAGCUAAGUCUGAUGAUGCUGGAUAAGAUCUCUGUAAGGACAGACACUCUCAAGGUCAGAAUGCAGGAGAUAAUCAUCACUGACCUCUGGUACGUCACCUUAGGGUGGUUUGUGGCAUGUAACAGAAUGCCUCUCAUGUAAAAGGAUGUGGCUCUCCGUAGGUUAUUCUUAAUUGAAAGUUAUGACCUUGAGAGGGCAUUGCUGUCUUUAUAUGUUGCUUGAAAGGGCCAACGUACCUCUCAAAAAGGGCAAUUAAAGCUAUGAGGGCACCUGAAGCAACUUUAUGUGUUUUUGGACCAAAAGUUAGAGAAGCUUACAGGAGUAAAAUGGUCAGUACAAUUAACCAUCUUGAAAGCAACAUAUUGAAGUUAAGAAGCGAAAAGCAGUUUCUGCUUCUGUAUGAAACAGUAGCUCGCUAGUUAUCAAGAUAAUGCCUUUACCUGCUCAUGGGCUUUCACACUCCUCCUUUAGUAAAAUAAAUGGGAUGAAACGGAUCCUCUCCCUCAUGCAAGAAAUCACCCUCCUCACAAAAGACUAAAGACGGCCAUUUUGUCUGAAAGUUAGCAAUGAAUGAAUCUCUCACGUUAAAAAUGAUGAUAAUGUAAAUCCCUAAUUUCAUUCUCAAAUCUCUUAUCCGUGGUGAUGAUUAAUCCUAAGCGUUAAAGCCUAAAUAGCAAGAGAAUCUCAUAACUUUUAACCAGACAUAGUUUACUCCAAAGUGAUGGGUAUAGGCUAGCUACAAAACCUGCAACUGUUGGUGUCACUGCAUUUUGUAUAUGUAUAGUAAGAAGGUUUGAACAUUUAAUAUAAUGGUGACAAAUGCCAAUUGAAAUCAUUGACUUCCCAAAAUGACUGUGUACGCAUGGCACUGUAAUGUAUUGAUGCAUGUAUUUCAUUUCUGUAUAUUUAAUCUGUGUAUCCUUAUUUUGCAACGCUGUGUUAACAUAUGUUUGUUGUUUAAAUGCAUAUUCUAUAACAUUUUGUGCAACAAAAUAACAAAAUGUCCUUUAUGUUCAACAAAACAAAAGCCAGAGGAUCAUAUGUGUAAUAUAACUGUAUAUUAUUUUUUUUAAAGGAUUUUCUAUGAAAAAACUCUAUGAUAUUACAUUUUUUAAAGCUGAAAUGUUCUUAUAAAAAAAGCAAUAAAGGAAAAAAGGGUUGAACACAGUAGGCCAGUAAUAAACUGUGGAAUGUCAACAACUGAGUAGAUCAACCUGUUACACCUACAGUGGACCUAUAUGUUUGUGGUGCAUCAACAAAUGUAACACGUUCUCUAUGGGGAGACUGUGGAUUCUGCUUGUUUUCAUUGUUUGUUUCUUUGUUUGUUUAUUCCUCACUACUUGGCCAUUAUAUUACAGGGAGAUAUUACAGCCUCUUUUUACUACACUGCAAUUUUAUCUAGCUUGGUUGUAGUUAUUUUGUUUCUAUCAGAAUAGUAUGCAAAACAACAAACAAUAAUGACAAAGAAUUGCAAUGGUAUAUGCAGAACACGUCUAAGACUGACCCGUACUUACAUAACUACUGUUGAAUAUUCAGAUUACAAUGCCAUUAUAUAUGAUCCAUGAACAUGCUUAACCCUCCAAUAACUUUCAAUGGUUUUUUUUGCUAGACACUCAUGAUACAGGAUAGUCGAUUCAUCUUUUGAAACACUCAGCUUGCUGUACUUACUGUAUACAAGUCAUCUCUGAUGAAGCUACGUUUAAUGCUGUCUUUCUGAGUCUAGUAUGUGUUCUAAUGUGCAAAUGAUCAUCACUUGUCUAACCACUUCACUGUCUGCUCCACUGAGAAAGUCAUUACCUCCACCAAUGUUUAAUUUACCAAACCCCUUGCUUAUGGUUUUGUCUAACUCUUAAAUCAGGCUGUCUGAUGCAGUGGUUUGUUGAUGCUUAUUGUAUGUGUGGUAGGUUGUAAUUUUGUCAGUGAGUUUGAGUGUCAACUCACUGUUCAGAUCAGAACAUGGUCAUUGAUUGAUGACAUCAGUGAUGAGGUCAUUAUCUGAGGUUUGGUAUUGAUGUGGUGUCUGAUGCUCUGUGUGUGAAUAUAAAAACCCAAACACUGUUAACGAGUA